AUCUCCGUAACUCCGCUCCGGAUAUCUACCUGAACGGCACGACCUUUGGCAAUCUCCGUGUUACCCUGCGACCUUCGGCAAUCUCCGUGACUCCGCCCCCUUGCAGCUUGUGUGCACAGGCUCAGUGCCCGGAACGGUUUUUCGUUCCCUGUGUUUCCCGCGGUCGGUGUUGCGGGUUGCACAUUCCUCCCGGUGUGCGGUAGCUCGGUGACAUUGAGCGGGCGGGAUGCAGGCGGUGCGCCGGGUGGUGUGUGCCAUGUCCGGCGGGGUGGAUAGCUCGGUGGCGGCUUUUCUGCUUCACAGGCGGGGCUAUGAUGUUAUUGGUGUAUAUAUGAAUAACUGGGACGUGGUAGAUGAGAACGGCAUGUGCAGCGCAGAGCGAGAUUGCGAGGACGCCUACCGGGUCUGUAAAAAGUUGGAUAUUCCUUUCCACCAAGUAUCCUAUAUCAAGGAGUACUGGCAUGACGUAUUUAGUAAAUUCUUAAAUGAAUAUGAGAGAGGUAGGACUCCAAACCCCGACAUCCUGUGCAACAGGCAUAUCAAGUUUAAUUACCUGCUGAGCUACGCCAUAGAUAAUUUAGGAGCUGAUGGUAUUGCCACUGGUCAUUAUGCAAGAACAUCCCAAGAUGACGAAGAGGCAUUUCAGCAGAAAUAUAUUCCGAACCCUCCCAGUCUGUUUAGGAACAGAUUUGAAGUUCGGAAUGAUGUACGGCUCCUACAAGCAGCUGACCGGAUAAAAGACCAGACUUUCUUUCUGAGUCAGAUCUCACAAUAUGCGUUAAGGAAAACCAUCUUUCCCAUCGGAGGGCUAACAAAGGACUUUGUAAAAAAGAUGGCUGCUGAAGCUGGGUUUCACCAUGUUUUACAGAGAAAAGAGAGCAUGGGGAUUUGCUUUAUCGGAGAACGGAAUUUUGAAAAAUUCAUUCUCGAGUACUUAGAACCUCAACCUGGAAACUUUGUAUCAAUAGAGGAUGGAAGAAUCAUGGGAAGGCACCAGGGCUGGUUUCUGUAUACGUUGGGCCAAAGGGCGAGAAUAGGAGGCCAGCGAGAUGCUUGGUUUGUUGUGGAUAAGGACGUGUCCACAGCGACUGUUUAUGUGGCCCCAUGUACCAAUCACCCCGCUCUGUUCAGAGACUUGCUGCGGACCGAUCGCGUACACUGGUUCUCAGAAGACCCUCCUCCAGAGCUAAUAGAGAAUAAGAUGAUGGAUUGCUAUUUUAGAUUCCAACACCAGAUGGCGCUAGUGCCAUGUGUUCUAACACUAAACCUAGAUGGCACAGUAUGGGUGACGCUGGCGAAGCCAUUGCGUGCCCUGACACCCGGGCAGUUUGCAGUGUUCUACAAAGACGAAGAAUGUCUUGGAAGUGGCAAAAUCAUGAGACUGGGUCCAUCACAGUACACCUUGCAGCAAGGCCGGGAAAAGCUGAAAUCUGCAGCAAGAGUGACGACAGAGCCUGUUAAAGAGAAGGAUCCGGUGUCCUAAAUGCUGCUAUUCUCCUGUCUAAUAGGACAUAUCCAGUGAAAUCGGAGCCAUCAAAUUAGGAGGGAAGGGAAGCAUUCAGUGCUUCAGCCUUAAUUAGGGGACAAGUUCUGACAGACUGUGACUGGCAUGCUACCUCAGGCGCUUUUAUACACAAUAAUAGAUUGUAUUCAGGAGACGCUGUGGUCGUUCAUACAAACCGUGGCACGUAAAACAAAUAUAUAUUUAUAUUGUAGAGAUUGAAUUGUGAUUUUAAAACUUUUUU